AUGGCCACUACCGAGGUCUCGACGCUGCCGCCCAGCGCUAAUGUGAUCAAGUUGAGCGAUCGCGACUUGCUCGACUACCGAGCGGUGCAAAGGACGUUCGAUGGAGCCUACGCUAGGACAGCGCUGGGUCAGCUCUGCUAUGCCACGGUGAUUCUUCGUCUCUUUCAGCCUAAGUUCUUCUACAUCGGUCUCGUGUAUGCGGUUCUCGGCAUGCUCUUCAUUCCUGUCGCGAUCUUUCGCUAUCGGAUGGCGGUCAACAACGCCCAUCGGCUGCUGGCGAUGCAAGAGGUUCAGCCUCAGGAAACCUCGAACUCGAUACCCGAUCCGAGUCCAUCGAAUGCCGAAGCAGCAUCAGAGGCGCAGCGGAGCUCGCAACGUAGGAACACAGCUUCGAGCGCUAGUCCAGAGCCAACACAGCCCGUUCGGACUGUGCUGCGCGAGAGCUUUGUGACGGCAGGUUCGGUGGUUGCGGCGGCAACAGCGCUGGUUGGCCUUGCCGAGAUCGCGCUGCUGGUGCUCAUUCUUCGUGUCUAG